CUCCACUGCUCUCAUUGGCUGAAUCCUUAACAGUGGAAGCAGAAGUUCGAGCUGCAGCAGGAGAGAAAGCGCGUGCACGUGACGCAGUUUCUCGAUGCCACUAUGGAAGACUCAUGAUCAAGGCAGAGGCUGUCUAAGUUGUGGGAUCCGGCUGAGAAUCAGGUGAACGUGAACUCUUCUGUGGUCCAGUUGUAAUGGAGUGAAACUAAAAGUACCAAAUGCCAAAAUGGAAGGCAGGCAGCACACAGGAUCAUGGAAAAACAUUUAUCUGCCAUGCAUUUUGUUUCUGCUGGCUGUUUUAAGGCACUGUGAUGCCACAAAUGACUUAAACAACACAAAGUCGUGUUUAGAGAAUGAGUACCUACAUAAUGGAGUCUGCUGUGAUAAAUGUCCUCCAGGAUUUAAACUAACACAGAAGUGUUCAGGAGAGGGUCUGAGGUCAACAUGUGAGAAAUGCGGCCCUGAAACAUUUCAGGACCACAUGAAUUAUUUCCCAAACUGCUUCUUAUGCCGCAAAGUGUGCGACCCGGAAUCUCAUGAAAUUGAGAAAGGAACAUGCACAAAUGUGCAAAAUAGAAUAUGUGACUGUAAAGAGGGGUACUACAAAAUAAUAGUGGAUGAAAAUACAAUGUAUUGUAAACGCUGUCAAAAGUGUGGUGAUGGUGAAAUUGUGAGCAGCCCAUGUGACAAGAAAGACACUGUGUGCGAGUGUAAACCUUACCAUGAACGUGUGGCUGUAAGAACCUGUUUACCAUGCACCAACUGCAGUUCCAACUGCCCUCAUCUGUGCCCACUUGCCUUGACUUCAAAGCCUCCUAGACCAGAUGAUCCUUUUCAAACAUCCAUAUUUACAUGGAUAUGUCUGAGUGCACUAAUUGGUAUGAUUUGCAUAAUAAUUUUGCGUCAUGGAUUUAAAUACUUGAAGAAGAGGAAGCAAACACAGUCACUUGUGUCACAUGACCCAGAGAAACAAGCAGGAAUGAAAGAAACGCAUGAAUGUGUGCAAAGCAAAGAGGAUGAAAGCAAACUUUUAGCACCUCAGCCAGACACUGCUCUACCCGAUGUGCUACCCAGAGAGAUUAAAACUCAUGAGUUUAUUUACUUUGUGCUGGACAAUGUCCCGGUCAGUCGCUUUAAAGAAAUUGUGCGCCGACUGAACGUCUCUGAGCAGGAAAUUGGCAGGGCAGAGAGAGAUAACCGGGCAUUUGCUGAUGCACAGUAUCAGAUGCUGAUGGCUUGGGUUGAGAAUGGCGUUAAUGGAGGGAAAAGCAUCCUACCACGGCCACUUCUUCAGGAAUUUGUGAACAGACUGAAAGAAAUGAAUUUGACUGCUUGUGCAGAAAGCAUAGAGGAUAGGUAUACCUGAAUUCUCACAUAUGGCACAUGCACAAAAACUUUCAUUCUUAAAAUGAAUUUAAGUACACAAAUUAUUCUCAGAAAUUUUAAUGUUAUUUCUGUGCAAACUAUUAUAGCAGUGGUGCAUAGGCUUUCUAGUCUUAUUGAAUGGCAUUAUGGCUGUACUGCAGAGUUGCUAAGGCAAGAAAAUAUUUCUGUCUUUAAUGUAGAUACAACAGUUGAAGUUAAAAGUUUGCAUACAAUCAGGUUGAAGUCAUUAAAACUGAUUUACAUUCCACCGAUUUUAUGUUACAAACAAUAGUUUUGCCAAGUCAGUUAAAACAUGCACUUUAUGACACAAGUAAAUCUUCCAACAGAUUUUACUUAUAAUUUAUUUAAUCACAAUUCCAGCAGGGCAAAAGUUUACAUACACUCAGCUGACUGUUAACCUUCUAUCAAACUGUCAACAACAUGGGAAAAUCAAAAGUACUGACCUGUGGACUUCCACAAAUCUGGUUCAUCUUUGGGAACAAUUGGAGUGUUGGAAGUGUAAUACGCAAGUAUAAACCAUUCCAGAGGACCAUUCUUAGCCAUCAUAUCACAUCAGACAUAUGUACAGCAUAAAGUACAAAUCACUUUCCAAACAACAGCAUUGGAGAACAAAGACGAAAGUAUCUAUAUCCACAAUAAAAUAAUAUAAUUAUCGACGUAAACUAAAAGGCUGCUCAGCAAGGGAGCAUCAAAACCUGGCAUAAAAAGCUAGACUUCGGUUUACAGCUGCACAAAGAACACCAUCUCAAGCAAGAAGCAUGAAAGUGGCAGCAUCAUGUUGUGAGGGUGCUUUGUUCCAUGGGGGACUUUGAAUAACAGAUCAUGAGGAAGGAAGAUUAUAUGGAUAUACUGAAGCAACAUCUCAAGACAUUAAAGUUGAGGUAUUAGAGUGGCAUUGAGCAAGGAGACCUACAAACCUGACUCAGUAAGCUGCUGAAAUGUAACAGGGUUAACAUUUUAGCAGCUUAGUGUACAGAGCUUGUGAAAGGCUACCCAAAUUGUGUGACCCAUGUUAAAGAAUUUAAAGGCAUUGCUACCAAAUAUCAAGUGUAUGUAAACUUCUUACCUAUUGGAAAUGUGAGGAACAAAAAUAUUUUGAAAAUAUUUAUAAAUAAAUUGUUUACAAUGCAAUUGUUUAUGUAAUCAAUAGUGCAUUAAAAUGGGACAUAUUUAGGACAUUAGUGCAUAAAACGGGACAAAGAAACUAUUAUUCAUUUGAAUUCAUUUUAAUUUUAUCUUAUCUGAGCAGCUCUGCAGAGAACAGAACCACACUAACUAUCUGGGCGUUUUAAACAUAUUUUUUGUACUGCGUUUGUACUGAGAUUAUAUGUUUGUAGUCCUUUAAGCAUUACAUUUUACACAUGCUGUGGAAUUAACAGUGUUCAUUUAUUUUGCUUUUUUGGUUACCUUGGCAUUAAGAUUUGCAUUUAUAUGUUACACUGCCUGCCCAAAAAAUGGCACUUUUUGAAAGUUAUUAAGCAAAUAUUUAAGAGCAUUUGAUUGGAUCAUUUCUGCAGUGACUAAUAUAUUUCAGAUAACUCCAAUUAUAAAUGACAUU